AACCCCUCCUCCGCCGUCUGAAACCCUCCGUGGACUGAGAAACUGCUCUCCGCUCUCCAUCAUCAUCUGCCGAAAAUUGCGAGCGGGGUGCGGUGACAAAAAUGUCAACUUGGGCCACUCGCCCUCCGCCGUAGACAUGAGCUCGGCCGUGGCCGUCGCUUCUUCCACCCGCAACAAGUCGUUCUCACCAUGCGAAUCCACUGCAAAGUAAUUGCGAUCGCCGUGGGUUUCGGAGUUUUUCUACUUCUGUACUUCUUCGGGUGGCCGAAGGAAGUUGGAGGGGAUCGGGAGUUGGAGGAGGUCGGCAGAUCCCCACCUUCGCUUCUCUCCGAUUAUGUGGGAGGUGAUGCCGUGGCGAAGUUGGCCAGAAAAUCAGCCACUGGAGUCGGCGAGCGUGUGGGGCGAAAAGAGGGCAAGGCGACUGGAAGAGAGGGCAGCGUGAAUGCAAAAAGUAAAUUUCUGGGCAACGCGAUCCGACCUGUGACCAGGCGCAGGCGGCCUGAGGAAGUCAUGCACUUAGCUGUGGUGGCUUGUGGGAAACGUCUGGACGAGACCCUGACAAUGCUCAAGUCGGCCUUGCUAUUCAGCUUGAAGAAGAUCAAGUUUCACAUUUUUGCUGAGGACUCCUUGGCCCCUCAGUUUGAAGAAAGGCUGAACCAGUGGCCUCAGUCGGUCUCAGCUAGGUUCCAGUACAGCAUCUAUCCCAUCUCUUUCUCUGUGGGCGACGCUGAGGAGUGGAAGAAGCUCUUCAAACCCUGUGCUGCUCAGAGACUCUUCCUACCUAUAAUCCUGAAAGAUGUGGACUCAUUGCUUUACGUGGACACCGAUGUUCUGUUUCUGCGGCCUAUGGACGAUAUCUGGAUGUUCCUCAAGUCCUUUAAUGAGUCCCAGCUGGCGGCCAUGGCUCCAGAGCACGAGGUGCCCAAGAUCGGCUGGUACAGCCGCUUUGCCCGGCACCCUUUCUACGGCGUGACGGGGGUCAACUCUGGCGUGAUGCUGAUGAACCUGACAAGGAUCCGCAGAACAUUGUUUAAGAGUAGCCUGAUUGCUGGUGGUCUGUUGUGGGAAGAUCUUCUUCAUCCGCUUCACCAGAAGUACAAGAACCACAUAACGUGGGGAGACCAGGAUCUCCUCAAUAUUAUCUUCCACUAUAACCCAGAGAAUCUCUAUGUCUUUCCCUGCCAGUGGAACUACAGGCCUGACCACUGCAUGUACGGGAGUAACUGUAAAGGAGCUGAACAGGAAGGCGUGUCUAUUCUCCAUGGCAACCGUGGAGUUUAUCAUGACGACAAGCAGCCUGCGUUUAAAGUAGUCUAUGAUGCAAUACGUAAUUUCCCCUUUGAGGACAACAUGUUCCAGUCACUCUUCUAUCCCAUCCAGAACAAGUUCUUGGACACUGUCAACACUCUGUGUGGUCGGAUUCCCCAGGUCUUCCUCAAGCAGAUAGAAAAGGCGAUGAAGACGGUGUUUGAGGCGAAUGUAGUGCGCCAUGUCAGACCACACAAGUGACUGAGGUUGGAGAGCUGGACUUUCUAUGGAUUGUGAGCAGCAAUGGGAUAUGUUGAAGCAAACUGGAGGUUGUGUGGGUUGGUAGUGCUGGACACUAUGAACCUCCUAGAAUGGGUUACUUUACAAGACAAUGGACUGCGAUGAUUUGGUGGAAUGAACAGACAGUGCCUUGCUAAAGUUUUUCCACCCCCUUUAACUGGAGUUUCAUAUUUUACUACGUUGCAAUGCCAAGCUUUAAUGUGUUUUAUUAGGGUGGACCAACACAAAGGAGUUUGAUUAAGCCCCCUAGUCAAUACUUUUUCCAAACAAAUUUUUGCCCAUUCCUCUCACACUGCAGAGCGUUCCUUAAACUAACGAUGCACCGAUUCACUUUUUUCACUUUCGAUACUGAUACCAAUAUAUGAGGUUUAGUAUCAGCUGAUACAGUACAGAAAAACAAUGCUGAAUUGACGUAGGUAGUAUCUUAUUUUAAACACAGAUAUAAAUGUACUGUAUCAAAUUACAAAUUUGAUAACUGCACCAGUACAGCUCAUUUAAAUACAGAACAGCUUAACAAGGUUGGUCAAACGUAUGAAAACAGUACAGCAUUAAUUUAAGUCAGUGCAAUUAGGAAUAUCACAGCCAAUGUAAAAUAAUGAAUAAACUAAAACUGACAAAAAUAACAGGUUGACUGCCUUGGUCAAACAUGUAAAAAAUAAACUACAAGAAAACAUAUUGAUCUUAUUUCUGGCUUAUUUAAAAAGAUUUUAGCCGAUACCAAUUUUUUUAGUAACAAAGAUGCUAAGUUGAGAACAAUGGGGUGACUAUUUUAACCACACAUGCAGACGUGACCCGUCAGCCUUCCCUCCCCAAAGAACAAAAGGUUGAUUUUCAGACUUGUCGAGGUAGAUAAGAUCUGUGGAUGAAUUUUUUUUCUCAUGUAAGUAUUGGCUGAUCGCCAGUCUCCCAAAAUAAAGGAAAUUGGGGGCAAUUUAUCAGUGCACUCAUAUUUAUAGUGCUUUCAUUAGCAACACAACUACAAUUCUUGAUAUUUUUAAUAGAAUAAUAGGUGCUAUAAAAUAUAGCAUUUUUUAAAAUAAAUAUGCAAAACUCCAUUGUAAAUUACUUACACCUUGCAAUUCAAAUUAAAUGUUGAAAAAUUUAACAUUUUUGCACUGGAUAAAAAAGUAGAAAACUGGUUAUCUAUUAUUAGCUCAGUUCUUUUGUUUCACUUUAAAUAUGCACUGUUUUGUGUUGGUCUGUCAUAAAAAAUCAUAUCAGGCCGCAUUGUGGUUGUAAUUUGACAAAAUAUGUGCAGUUCAAGGAGUAUGAAUAUUUAAGUAAAGGCACAAUGCUGAUCAAUGAUGCAACAAAAUAUUUUUGCCUUUUUUUCGAUCCUGUGGUUCUACAAAAAUAAGAAUGUAUCACAUAAAUUGCCAUGGGUAAAGAAAAUAAUGAAGGUAGCACCUCAUCAAAAGCGCAGAAGAAUAUUUUUAGGUAUUUUUUUUUUAAUGCGUUUUCCAAAUUGAUAUUUUUUCUCACUUUUCAUGCAAUAUUUAAUAACAAACGAGUAACUUUCAGAAAUUUGAACCUUUUAGCAGUAUUUUGAAUCAUAGGCAUGUAAAUGAGAACAAUCCAAUAAUUUUGGGUCUGUUUUGCAAUUAUGCCACUAUCAGUACAACACAAUAAAUUAAAUAUUAUAUUUUAUGUUGAAGACAGAUCCUUAAAAUGCACUUUGUGACAUUAAAAUAGGUUUUUAUUAUUAUUCUUUUAAAGUGAAUGUACACAUUUUAAGCAACUUUGCUUGACUUAAAUCAAACCAAAUGUGCAAGGUUUUUUAUGGACUUAGUAUGGUUGAGAAUGUGCCAUAAAAAUAUUAUUGUGUGCCAUGUUUACUAUCAGAAGAUUUGGAAGUGUGCGUGUGUUUGAAAAAGUGUCUCUGCUUGAAGAUUUGUUGUGUGCCUGAGUUGUUUUUUUUAUGUGUUAUAAUAGUGUAAUUGUGUCACAUAUCUCGACUUGCAAAUUUAAAAUAUAGUCCACAUGUUUCUAAAUAAAACAAUGUAAUGUUUUGAA